AUGAAUCAGUUGAAACUAGACAUAACUACUAGUAUGUAUGUUGUUGACUCAGCGUCAACAAGACAAAAAUCAUCACGUGUCUGUCAUCGAGUACAAAACAACAAUCGGAAUCCAAUGGAAAAACAAUCAAUCAAAUCAAGAUCGAAAACCAAUCGACUACCAGCAUCACUUAAACAAAAUGAAGAACCAUGUAAAAUUGAAGUUCUGCCCACUAAAAUAAAAUCACAAUCCACUGGUUUAGUUUACGAUGAACGUAUGCUUAAACAUAAACAUGAAUGGUUUAUUGAAGAACAAGAAAGUCCACGUCGAAUCUCACAAGCAUUUCAUCGUUGUUUACAAGAAAAUUUAAUUUCACGAUGUAUACGAGUACCGGCUUGUCCAAUUGAUGAACAAGAUUUAUUACGAAUACAUGAUAAACAAUAUGUAGAGAAAAUUAAACAAUCCUGUUCAAUGUCAAAACAUGAAUUAUAUUCAUUGUCUGGAGAAUAUGAUGGUGUAUUCUUUAAUCGGAUCUCUUGA